AUGAAAAUAAUUAUUAUCAUCACUCUUUUGAUAUGUAUUUAAAGUCAGGAAUCUGAAAUGUUAUAGCAAAUUGCUUAAAACAGUUUUGGAAGAUAAAUAUUGUAAACAAUUCAAUUGGAACUUACUUAAGAGUAAAAUAAGUUAUAAUAAAUUUGUAGAAAUGCAGCAAGAUAAAUAUAUACAAUGCUUAAUAAAUUAUUUUAUGAUUUAAGAGAUGAGGAUGCACGUUCUAGUAAAGCAAAUGGAGAAAGAUAAGCACAAUGUUCUGAUUAAUUUUAAUUAAUAAAUUAAAUUUAAGAAAAAGCUGUUGUUGCUAAAGCAGAUUAUGAAAGAUAAAUACCAGGAAAAUAAGAAGAAUUAUUAAAUAAAUUAGGUUAAGUUGAAUAAAAAAAUGCAGAAAUUUAAAGAAAUGAUUAAUUAUAAAUAAAAUUUUAAGAAGAAAGAAGAAAAGAUCAUGAAACAUAUGAACGUAAAAGAGAUGAACUAAUUGGCUUAAUAAAUGGUUUAAAAUAAGCAUAAUAAAUUAUUAGACAAUUGUAAACACCUCAUCCAGGUGGAGCUCUAGUUUAAUUGAAAGAGCAUCAUUAAUAAUUAUGUAUAUAAUUCCUUUUAAUAAAGUGAAAUCAUAUGCUUAAAAUUCAGAAUUUAAAGAAAUGACAUCUUUAUUAAUGGAAUUAUGUUCAGAUUCUAAAAUACAUUCUGAUAAUGAUAAUGUUUAGGUAAUUGUUGAUAUAAUAAAUGAUUUAAUUGAAAGCAUUUAUGAUGUAUAAAAAAGAGAAAUGUAUGCAGAAGAUUGGGCAGAAAAAUUCUUUUAAUAAGAUUUGUAUUAAUUCUUAUUUAAAUUUAGACUUCGACUCUCGAAAGAAAAUGUUAGAUUAUAAGGUUAAAUUACUGAUGAUUAAGUAGCAGCUGAUUUUGCAUAAUAAAGAUUAGAUGAUCUUUAAUAAUAAGCUUCACUUCAAUAAAUUAUUUAUGAUAACAAAGAAAUUGAAAGAAAGUCAUUUGAAAUUGCUUGUAAAGAAGAUAAUAAUGCUGCUGAAUAAACAAGGCUUUCAAGAAAUGAAUAAAUUCAAAUUGUACUUCAAUUACUGGAAUUAUUUGAAAAUAAUUUCAAUGAUAGAACUAGGACAGCACUUCUUUAAAUUGUUGUAUGA